AUGGCCGGUGAUUUCAAGUAUUUCGAUGUUCCGAUCACAACGAAUUGCGGUUAUGUUUAUUCGUGUAAACGAGCUGAGGAAGCUGUGAGGGAAUUCGAAACGCGAACAACGUCCAAGUAUUCCUGCUACAAAUCUAGAUCAUCCUUUGGCAAGACAGGUAUGUGAUCAUUAAUAAUUCAUGUUGAAAAUUGACUUUAUAAAUAUUGAUAAACCGGCAAGAUCGAUCGACUGGUUUGUAAGCGAUUUUGUUUGUUCUAUUUUACGUCGACAGAUUUGAGCAAAACUAAACAUUGGAUCCGUUGGGAAGAUGGUAAUAAGGACAUGUGUAGUAAUGCAGGACUGGAAUUUGAUGGCAUUCCUUUUAUAAUUCUGGAUGCAAAAUUACUUGACUGCCAACAUGGUGUGGAUCGGCACAACAGGAGAAAAAUUAAGGCGCAGAAUAACACAGUGAGUUGAGAAUAAAGUGUGAAGUUAAGCUUGGUAAAAGUAAUUCGGGGAUUUCAGACUGGUCCCUGUUUUUAUUGUCCUUGAGAGAAUGGUUGGGUGGGGGGGGGGGGUCGGUACGCCAUACACCAAGUUAGGUAUCAAGCAUAUUGACAUGAAUUAGGAACAGUGAUAUCAAAAAUUUUCUCCAUUUAUCAAAGAAAUUUUUCUAAAAUUCUGAAAAUUUUUUCUAAAAUUCUGAAAAAUUUCAUGGAUUUUCUAAAAUUUUUGUAAAUACACCUUAUUUUUUUUCUCCAAAUUGACAGUUAUUUUUGUAAAUUAACUUUCUCUGGUCCUAUGAAUUACCUGAAUUUGCGUUGAUUUACCUGAAUUUCUUCUGCAAAUCUACCUGAAUUUACCUGAAAUUGCUCAUAUGAGCAAUCAUUAGGGGGGUGUUACACCCCCCCCCCGGUCCCUACGAGCCUGUUUAAGAAGCACUUGUUUUCCCUCGGAACAUAGCUCCAUACCCCCCUUCCCAAUGAUCUCAAAGGCUAACCUAGUGAAAGUUAACCUUGUGAAAUGUGUGGAGGAGGUACGAUGUAUAAUAUUCUUUGUAUAAUCUUUUAUGUGGAAUUCUGCAAAAUCCCACCUCCUUGAAAUCACAUUUCAGGGAUCUGUAAUUCAAUCCCCCCCCCCGCCUAGCCAGUCUCAUGCCUUCACAUCGCCCCCUGUUAUGUCUUAACCUACACGGCUAAAACUAAUCAAAGUACAACUCAAAAUAUGUAUUGCAUUCUUCAUAAAUACAUACAACUACUCAUAUGCCAGAGUACAUAAACAACUAAAGUCCAAUAGUUAAUUUAUGCAUGUUCACAUGCACAUGAUAUGCACAGGAUGCAACACCCACUCCCCCCCCCAAAAAAAAAGAAAUCAUUAAGAGGAGGGGAGUAAAAAGCUAAGAAUUAUUGUCUAAUGGGUCAUUCUAGAGAAAACCACACCUCUCAAAUUUCCUGUGUGGGGUUUUCUGGAAUGUGGCCAGUUUUACUAACUUUAAUUAGCUCUAUCCAAAUACAUUCUACUGGUAGGGCAGUUAAUGACUCACUAAUUGUCAUCAAGGGCCUUGCAGUUAGGAAAAACCACAAUUUUGUAGUGAUGGAUGAAAUCCAGUUGGAGAGCUUGACACCAUUUCUUUAAGAAAACCAUGUGCCCUAAAUUUCUCAACUCUCUAACACAAGCGUUGAACAACUUGCAGUGCAUGAGGUUAAAAACACAAAAAGACUUUGGAUGAAUGUGGACUUUGCAACCAUAAAGAAGAUCUUUGUGCCAAUGAAUCCCUCGGGUUGUCACUGGAAUCUCUUGGUAUAAAGUUGGACUUUCCAACAUCACUUUUGCAUUACAUAACCAAUGUCCAGUCCUAUUGUUCAACUCUACUGUUUAGCCAUCAGCAAUAAAACUAAGAUAAACACAUAAAGCACAUAAAGUUAUAAAGAUUACAUUUGAAACAUCUGUCACCAGAUUAAGGUUUACAGUAAGCAUUAUAGAUUUAAAACAACACAGUGCAAAUUUGGAGACUUACAAGAAUAGCAUAAUUAGCAUUAGCAUUUUCUUGAAAAACUAAAUAUGAAAAAGUUCAAAUGUUUAGGUUUUGGAUGAAUCAAACAAAACCAGAAAUUAUUUUGAUCCAAUGAAUGGACAGAAAGAGGAAGAUCUUACUGAGAUGCCAAAACAUGCUUGGUUAAAGUAUAUGAUUGAUAAAAUAUGGUUAGUACUGUCAUAA